AUGCGUGAGAUUGUGCACAUUCAAACUGGUCAAUGUGGUAACCAAAUUGGUGCCAAGGUGAGGAUUUUUGUGGUUUUUAAUUUUAUUGUAGAUGAAUUUUAACAAUUUUGGUUUAUUUUCUUAAGUUAAACUAGUGUUGUAGCUAAAAAUGGGAUAACGAUUUUGAAAAACGAUGUUAUCAUAGGUAUAACCCAUACCAAUAAACUGAACAUUCAAACCACAUUACCUAACAAAAACUUUUUUCCAGUUCUGGGAAGUGAUCUCGGAUGAGCACGGCAUUCAACCCGAUGGUUCCUACGAAGGCGAGAACGAUCUUCAGCUGGAGAGAAUCAAUGUCUACUACAAUGAGACCGGUAACAACAAGUAUGUCCCACGUGCUGUGCUGGUCGACUUGGAGCCCGGCACUAUGGACUCGGUUAGAAACAGUCAAUAUGGAGAGAUUUUCCGACCAGACAACUUUGUUUUCGGUCAAUCAGGAGCUGGCAACAACUGGGCGAAGGGACAUUACACUGAAGGUGCCGAGCUGGUGGAUAAUGUGCUGGAUGUGGUGAGAAAGGAGGCUGAGGGAUGUGAUUGUUUGCAAGGUAAAGGAAAUAAAUUACGGUAAAAUCUUUAUAUAUAUGUUUAUAAGCUUAUGCAUGAUCAUUUCAGGCUUUCAACUGACUCACUCCCUCGGUGGAGGUACGGGCUCCGGAAUGGGUACUCUUUUGAUUUCCAAGAUCCGCGAAGAAUACCCUGACAGAAUUAUGUCAUCCUUCUCCGUCGUUCCAUCGCCAAAAGUUUCGGACACUGUAGUCGAACCUUACAAUGCCACUUUAUCUGUACAUCAACUGGUCGAAAACACCGACGAGACCUUCUGCAUCGACAAUGAAGCUUUGUACGACAUCUGCUUCAGAACGUUGAAACUGCCAAAUCCCAAUUACGGUGACUUGAACCAUCUGGUGUCUAUGACAAUGUCUGGUGUCACGACUUGUUUGAGAUUCCCUGGUCAGCUUAAUGCUGACUUGCGGAAGCUGGCCGUUAACAUGGUACCAUUCCCGAGGUUGCACUUCUUCAUGCCUGGAUUUGCACCACUUUCAGCCAAGAAUGUUUCUUCUUAUAGGGCUAGUACUGUGGGAGAACUUACUCAACAGGUGGGUACUGUAACAUUCUUUAAAUUUACGAUAUUAAUAAAACUUGUUACCUAAAACUCGCUUCAAACCCACUACUUCCAGAUGUUCGAUGCCAAGAACAUGAUGGCAGCUUGUGACCCACGUCACGGUCGUUACCUCACCGUAGCCGCCAUCUUCCGUGGUCGAAUGUCAAUGAGAGAGGUGGACGAUCAAAUGAUGAGUGUUCAGAACAAGAACGCUCCAUACUUUGUGGAAUGGAUCCCUCACAAUGUUAAGACAGCCGUUUGUGACAUUCCGCCUCGAGGCCUCAAGAUGUCAGCUACAUUCAUUGGAAACUCGACUGCUAUUCAGGAGUUGUUCAAGAGAAUCAGCGAACAAUUUAAUGGUAGGGUUUUGAAAGGGUAUGGCGGUAGGACAGGAUCGGGAAGGUUAGGGUAGGGUAGGUAAAGUAGAUUAGGGUAAGUUGAGUAUCCAGUAGAAUAAUUGACAAUACAGUAAAUAUUGAUAUGUCAUGAUAUAAGCCUAUGUUGUGUUUCUUUAGCUAUGUUCCGUCGCAAAGCCUUCUUGCAUUGGUACACUGGCGAAGGUAUGGAUGAGAUGGAGUUCACGGAAGCCGAAUCCAACAUGAACGACCUCAUCUCGGAAUACCAACAAUACCAAGACGCUACCGUCGAGGAUGAGGGCGAAUACGAAGCUGAAGCCGACUUAGAUGACAAUAUUGAAUAA